CUGCUCAGGCUUCUGCGCAGUUUCGUUUCCUGCGGGUUUGGUGCAUUGUCCGUCAGGUCAGCUCUGAGUUCAAGGUGAAGCAAAUGAGUCCUUCCUAGAAAAAGGAAGGGACUUGUAUCAACAGAUUGAGGGAUCUUUGCUAGGAAGAGGUCUUAUAAACUUCAUAUUCUCAGGACUCAGCUUUUCCCCCAAAUCAAAGAACAGAGGAAAGAAUGGCCAGUAGGCCUUUGACAGCCAGAUGCCAAGUACUACGUGUUGGAUUUCUGGAGGUGCAGGGAGGUCAGAGUUUAUUGGCUAUAAUAUCUUUUCAUUGGUUACCGUCCAGCCUGAGCACUACUCAGUAGACUGUAGAUACUCUGCCUGAAUUUGAUGGAUUUGGCUCCUUCCUAAGGAGGCAGAUUUGAACCCUACAAUAGAAAUCCCAGAUGAGAAGACAUUGUCCCUGAACAAGGAGAUGGCCACUUCUAGGAGUACUCAUGGUCCACAUUUACAAGAACAAGAUGAGGUCCUGAGAAUGACUUUUUCUGAGGAAAAUGAAACCUAUCUAAAAGGAAAUACAUUUGAUGCUGCAGUCUCUCAUCGUAACUUCAGGCACUUUCAAUAUGCAGAGGCAGAUGGACCCCAUAAGGCCUUAAACCAACUUCGAAAGCUUUGCCAUCAGUGGCUGAGACCAGAUAUUCACACCAAGGAGCAGAUCCUGGAGAUGUUGGUAUUAGAACAGUUUUGGGCAAUCUUGCCUGGAGAGAUCAGGACUUGGGUAAAUUCACAUCGUCCACAGACUGGGGAAGAGGUGGUGAAUCUGAUAGAGGAUUUGAACCAAAUAUUAAAGGAAGAAGUUCUGCCACCUCAGGACUCUGUCCUUCCCCAAGAAGAAGAAAGAAUAGGCCCUGAAUUCAUGACAGUCAAUUCCCAGGAAUCAAUGGAGUUCAAGGAUGUAGCUGUGGAUUUCACCUUGGAGGAAUGGGACCAACUACAAUUUGGUCAGAAAGAACUAUACAAGGAUGUCAUGCUGGAGAACUAUAAGAACUUGGUCUUCCUGGGGUUGUCAGUUUCCAAACCAGAUGUCAUCACCCAGUUGGAACAGUUGCAAGCACCUGUAAUGCUGGACAAAGAAGUCUCAGGAUGUAAAUUUCCAGAUAGGAAGACUACUUCAGAAAUCACGGGGUUAAAUCCAAACCAAGACAUUGCUUUGAAAGAGCACACUCAAGAACAAGUCACAAUGGAUGAUUCCCAGGUCAACAAUUCCGAAACGCCUAAAAAAUGUGAAAUCAAAUUAAAGAAGCAACAAGACAACCCAAAGAAACAUUGCCAGCAAAUAACAGUUAGCCACAAAAAAACUUUUAAAAAGGUGAACAGCCAUGAAUGUAAAAAAUUUGGGAAAAACUUAAGUAUGGGACAAAUCCCUGCUCCCCAAGAGAGAAUCUCUUCAGGAAAAAGUCUCCAUAAAUGUGAUACACACUUAAGAAACUUCAAAGAGUAUUCUGUGCUUAAACCAACUAAAUGUAAUCAAGUCCCUACAUCUGGGAAAAAACUUUGUAAGUUUAAUGAAUGCAAGAAAAUGUUUAUUCCCCAUUCAAACCUUAAUGAAUAUCAUAAAAGAACCUCUGGAGAGCUGCCAUAUAAAUGUGAUAGAUGUGGAAAACUCUUCCACUGGAAGAGACAUCUUGUUCAACAUCAAAAAAUUCAUACUGGAAUAAAAACCUAUGAAUGCACUGAAUGUGGGAAAACUUUUAGGCACAGCUCAUCUCUUCCUGCCCAUCAAAGAAUUCAUACUGGAGAAAAACCCUAUAAAUGUAAUGAAUGUGGGAAAGCUUUCAACUAUAGCUCAUCAUUUUUUGAACAUCAAAGAAUCCAUACUGGAACAAAACCCUAUUCAUGUAAUGUAUGUGGAAAAGCUUUUAACCACAGCUCAUCACUUACUGAGCAUCAGAGAAUUCAUACUGGAGAGAAACCCUAUGAAUGUAAUGAAUGCGGAAAAUCCUUCAGCCAGAUGGGACAUCUUACUAAACAUCAUAGAAUCCACACUGGAGAAAAACCCUACACAUGUAGUGAAUGUGGAAAAUCCUUCAGUUGGAGUGCAGACCUUACUCAGCAUCAGAGAAUUCAUACUGGAGAGAAACCCUAUGAGUGUAAUGAAUGUGGGAAGGCCUUCAGGUGGAACACAUACCUUACUCAACAUCAAAGAAUCCAUACUGGAGAGAAGCCGUAUGCAUGCAAUGAAUGUGGAAAAGCCUUUAGACAGAAGGGUCACCUCACUCAACAUCAGAGGAUUCAUACUGGAGAGAAACCCUAUCAGUGUAGUGAAUGUGGGAAAGCCUUCAGUGUCAGUUCAUCUCUUAUUAAGCAUCAGAAAGUUCAUUCUGGGGAGAAACCCCAUAAAUGAAAUUAACAUGGAAAAUCUUUCCAGUGUAGUUCAGUUUUACUUCAUCUAUCAGAGAACCAUGGAAAUGUAAUAAUGUAGGUAAAGCUUUAGUCAGAUUCGGCACUUAAUAAAUACUUGACAGUUAAGGCUCAGUUUAGCAUUUGAAUCUUUUUUAAAGUUUUCUCAUACCUUUUUUGGAAAUAUACUUUGUGCAUAACAAGAGGUGAAAGGGAGUGUUUGUGCAAUUUGGGGAUUUUUCUAAGAUUUUUGAAGUCAUGGAAAAUUGUCCUUAACUUUUUUUUUUUCCUUGACAAUCAUGUUCUCUUGUCUUUUUCAUAUAUGAGUGAAGAACAUGAUUACUUAAUGACUAGUAAAACAUGGUUUCCCAACUUAAAUUAGUUUUUCUGAAAAACCUUGCAUUCAAGUAAUCCUUACGAAUUGAAAGUAGAAAAUGCUAAUCACCCAAUAGAUAUAUUGUGUUUUUUAGUGUGAGGGAAUAUUGGACUCUGGAAUCCUUGAAGGAAAAUGGAAGAACCAGCCUACUUGACAAGUUAGCUUAUUUUUCUUUAAUGAUUUUUCUGCUUUCAUUGUGAACUUAACAUCAAGGAACAUCAAUAUUUCUACAUGCAAAGGAUAACAAAAAGGGGAUAUCAUAUCCUCUAUUAAUUUGACUUAUUUUUUAAAAUGAGUUAUCUUCCAUGAAAUUUGGGGCCAUUUGUUUAUAGACUUAAUUAUGAUUUUUUUUUAACAAUAAGAACAUUUUAUUUUCUAUUUCUUUUGUUUUCGAGUAUAUUUGAGGGGAUAACAAAACUCUACUAAUGAGACAAAUCUUUCUAGCUCUAAAACUUUAAAAAAGAAACUGAUUCCUUGGCCCUCAGUUAUUUUAACAGAUAACUAAUGGCAUGGCAGUGGUAUAGUGGAAAGAAUAACAGACUUGAAAUCAGAAGACCAGAAUUCAAGUUUUGGUUCUGCUAAUUACUGCAUGUGUGAUUUUGGGUAAGUCACAAAGUAUCUCUGGGCCUCAGUUUCUUUGUUUGUAAAAUUAGGA